AUGCAGCUUGUCACUGCGUUGCUGCUGUUGCUGGGCCUAUCAAGCAUUGCACCAGACACCCCCGCAGCGCUCGAGGAGUGCGUGGUCGAAGACGGCUUCGACUACGUGGGCAACGACAUGUUCGGAGUCGCGUCCGCGGACGCCUCUGACUGCUGCCAGCAAUGCGAGAGCUACGCGGACCAGGGCUGCAGAGCCUUCUCGUGGACGAGCUUCCAAGGCGGCACCUGCUGGCUCAAGACAGGACGGGGCUCCAUCGCAGUCGACGUCAACGUCAAGUCCGGCACGAUCCCCACGUUCCGCUUCACGGAGACGUGCGUCCUCGAGCACGGAAUCGCCUAUGAAGGGCGGGACCUCGCCAACGUGAAAGCUAACAACGCUGCGGAUUGCUGCGGCAUCUGCGAGCAGUUCCCGGGCUGCAGAGCGUUCACGUUCACAACGUUCAGUGGAGGCACCUGCUGGCUGAAAAGCGGCAAGGGGAACAUGGUAGUGGACCCCACCGCCAUCUCCUCGCAGCCCUACGUAGAGCAGCCCACGUGUGGCCUUGAGUUCGACAUUGACUAUGUGGGGAACGACAUCGGGAGUGCUCGGGCGGCUGAGGCGAAGCAGUGCUGCUCGCUUUGCGAGGCGUUCGGUGGCUGUCGAGCGUUCACGUGGAGCGACUACCAAGGAGGCACGUGCUGGUUCAAGAACCGCAAGGACGCCGUGAGCUGGGAGCUUGGCGUCCAGUCUGGACAGGUUUUCUCCAACCCCGCAGCACCGAGCUGUGCGCUGGAGUUCUAUGCGGAGUACACUGGUAAAGAUAUCGCCAACGUAUCGAGUGACAACCCGUACAGCUGCUGCUCUGCAUGCAUGAAGACGGUGGGCUGCGGAGCCUUUUCGUGGUCGGAAGAGGGAGGCGGACUUUGCUACCUAAAGAGCUCGAAAGGAGACGCACAAGACUCGGACAACUUCUUCUCGUCGGUAGUGUAG